AAGAAGAGAGAGAAAAGAGGCGAGGAGAGAGAACAAAGAAGCGGGAGGAGAGAGAGAAAAGAGGAGAGAAAGAGUAUAGAGAGAGAGUGGGAUUCUGGUACGAUAGAUCCCGUUUUUUGGGGUUGUUUCUUUUGUCCAAGUUGUAGUAAAUCCGGCAAGCAGGGCCUGUUUCAGUUCGGGUUUCUCUCUCUAAAGCGUGUGAUGGUGGUGGAAUUUUCGACAAUGGAUCAUCACCCUGAGUCCCCUGAUUCUCCAUCAUAUGUCUCCUCACCCGAUGUCUCUCACAAGAGAUCCACUAACCCCAACCCAACUAGCCCUGACAAUAAGGAGAAGCCAGCAUCUGUUAGGUUCCUCGUAUCAAAUGCAGCUGCUGGAUCUGUCAUUGGAAAGGGUGGUUCAACAAUAACAGAGUUCCAGUCACAAUCAGGAGCUCGCAUUCAAUUGUCUCGUAAUCAUGAAUAUUUUCCAGGAACAACUGAUAGGAUAAUUAUGAUAUCUGGAACUGUUGACGAGAUACUUACAGCCAUGGACUUUAUCCUUUCAAAGUUGCAGAGUGAGUUACACAAUGAAGAUGGUGAUGAUGUGGACCCUAGACUAAAGCUGAGACUCAUUGUCCCAAAUAGCGGUUGUGGUGGCAUCAUUGGCAAGGCUGGAUCCACAAUUAAGUCAUUCAUAGAAAAUUCCCAUGCUGGCAUCAAGAUUUCUCCUCAAGAUCAUGGCUAUGUCGGAAUGAGUGAUAGGCUUGUGACAAUCACAGGUUCCCUUGAGGAGCAGUUGCAGGCUGUCUCCUUGAUUAUUUCCAAGUUAAUAGAAGAUCCGCAUUACUCACAAUGGGCAAAUUCUCCUCUUUCAUAUACAGGUGUUAACUUUUCUGGUCUUCAUGGUGUACCGGUUGGUUAUGUGCUUCCUCCUGUUGGACCUGUUGCUUACAAUCUGAUCAAUUAUGGAUCAAAUGGUGUUGGAGGAAAAUAUAAAAAUAACAAGGGACUGAUACCCCCAGUUAUGGCUCUGAGGCAGUCAAGUGGGCCUCAAGAUGGGCCAAGCAAUUCAGUUCCGAACUCUAUCACCCUUGGUGUCGGGGAUGAGCAUAUCGGUGCAGUUGUGGGUCGAGGUGGAAGGAGCGUCAUGGAGAUCAUGCAGGUGAGUGGUGCUAGAAUAAAGAUAUCAGAUCGGGGUGAUUUCAUUUCUGGUACAUCAGACAGGAAAGUUACUAUCACAGGUUCAUCAGAAGCGAUCCAUACUGCUGAGGCUAUGAUCCAACAGAGGGUUGCAUCUGUCUCUGAGAGAAGGCUGGAAAAUUUGAGUUGAGCAGGUUAAAAGCAAGUGGGAGCUUAUGACUUGACCAAAGAGGAAUUCCUGUUUAGGCAGGGACCAUCGGAUAGGCAAUUUUGGUCCAGGGUGGGUUGGUUUCACUUGAGUGAGAAGUACAUGUACUGUUUGUUGCGAGAGGCCAUGCAGUUGGGUUCUUAGCAAAUGUAACUUUCUAAUGUUAGUGUUAAUUGUCUCCAAAAAUUCCGUGUAGUAUUCUUUAUUUUGGAUUGAAUUUGAAUUUGGUCAUAUCUGAGGUGUAUGGAUUGAAAUAGCAGGGAAAUGAUUUGCCUUAUAGUGGCUUCUGAUUUAGACAACUUUUGAGAUAAAUGCAAUCUCACUUGAAAUUA